AUGCUUCCUGCAUUAGCAGGGCCGAAGCGUGUGGGUCACCGUCCUCAGUUCCGCGUCUGCUACCUAUGCGGUCAGCAGUUCGGUAGCGCCUCCAUAGGCAUUCAUGUUCCCCAGUGUUACCAGAAGAAGCUCAGUCAGUGGGAGGGGAAUGACCCGGCUAUCCGUGGCCCAAAGCCGAAGCACCCCGACACGGUUAAGUGGAAAGGCGGCAAUGGUGUCUCGGUUGAGGCAAUCAAUCAAGAACAAUAUCAAGAGUUCAAUGCCCAGCUGGUGCCGUGCCCACACUGUGCCCGCACAUUUCUGCCAGACCGGCUACCGGUGCACUUGCGCGGCUGCAAAGGUGAUGGAAAGGAUGUCAUCUCACCCUCCAAAACAAAGGCGGGUGGGGGUGCGGGCGGUGCACCAGGGAGGGGCAAACGCCAGAGCGAGCCGCGGCGCUCGCCUCGAGGCCGGUCACUUUCCCCCGGCCCCCCGCUUCUCCCGACGUGUUACCUCUGCGGUCAGCAGUUCGGUACUGCCUCCAUCGGGAUCCACGUGCCGCAGUGCUACGAGAAGAGGCUGGCACAGUGGCAGAACGCCGACCCACGCUCGCGCGGCCAGCCUCCAAAGCACCCCGACACAGUGAACUGGCGCGGUCGCUCCGGUGCCUCAGCUCGCGAGCAGAGCGAAGAGCAGUUCCAGGAGUUUAUGAACAACCUAGAGGCGUGCCCCAACUGCCGUCGCAGGUUCUUGCCCGACCGGCUAGUGGUGCACUUACGCUCAUGCCGCCCCGACAAUCCAGCCACGGCAGCUUCUCCAUCCAAGGCAAAGGCCAGCGGCGGCCUCAGCUCGCGCACCCCCACAACAGCUGCGGUAUCAGCGGAGACUGUAUCCACAAAGGGUAGCGGCGGUGACGAGCGACGGCAUACUGAAAAGCAGCAGGAAAGCCGCCAACGACCAACCUCCUUCGCCAGCGAGGACCGACUUCAUCCGAAGCACAACAGGCUCCCUUGCAACUCCGCCCUUCCCGCUGAGAGUCGUGUGUGCCCGCAGUGCGGCGUGGUGGAGUACGACACCUAUACAAAGUUCUGUCGCGAUUGCGGCCACCACUUCGUCUCCAAGCAGCACUCCAACCCAUGUCAGCAUUGUGGAGAAGACAUUCCGCGUGGGUCCUGCUUUUGCGGCACGUGUGGGCAGCCUGUCCAAGGAGCACCAUCGCACAGACGUACUCCAGGCGGGACCAACGAGGGCGUGUCGACUGCACGCCGCCUCGUGUGCCCGGCGUGCGAGGCGCUUAGCGAUGCGGACGGCAACUUUUGUGACAACUGUGGCGCCGCGCUAGGCGAUGCAGACGUCGCACCGGCCACUGCAGCCACCGCUGCGUCUCCUUCCUCCUAUACGGGACGUUCAACGGAGUGUAAGACGUCGCUCUACUGUGCUAAUUGCAAAGAAGCUGUAGAGGACAAAAAGGCUCUUUUUUGUGAGGACUGCGGGGGCCGACUAGAGGUACUGAAGGUGCCCCCCACCGAAGAUGGUGGUUCACCUGACAGCUGUAAUAACACACUACCGGUGACCAACAUGGCACGACUGUCGACUGCGAAGGUGGGCAAACCACAAGAGUCCACUUCAAGGGCGCGAGCUAAGAACUCCACACUGGCGGCAACCAAUGUUGCCUCUCCAACCUCAUCUGCGAUGUCCAACCUGUGGCACCCUCAAGAGGAAGACGGCGGCAAUGAGUUGCCUGCACACACCGAGAGCGAUGUAGAGCGGCUGCCGUGCAGACACUGUGGCCGCCGCUUUGUCUCAGAGUCGCUAGGAAAGCAUGAGCACAUCUGCGCCUCUCUAAAGAAACGACGGGUAUUCAAUGCGACGAAGCAGCGGCUCGCGGAAGGAGCCACGGCUGCAGCCAAGGUUUCUCCAGCGCCGCAGCCCAAAGCUCCAACGCGGGACUGGAAGGCGGAGAGUGUGGCGUUUCGUCGCGCAAUACGCGAAGCUCGGCACGUGGAUCAAGUCUUGAAAGCAGGUGGAACCAUCAAGGACUUGCCGCCACCAACGUACUCUAUCAAUCCUGAUUACGUGCCAUGUCCACACUGCCAGCGCCGCUUUGCUCCAGACGUCGCAGCGCGUCACAUUCCUCGAUGUGCGAACACAGUAAACCGCCCCAAGCCACCUCCACGCCGCCGUUAA